CAGCUCUCGCGAGAGCAGCGCCGCGCCCCGCCAUUGGCGGCGGUAUCGGGGGCGCCGUGUCGCGCGGCGGUGGUGCGGGGCGGCAGCAUGUGCUCGGGCGGCACGCUCAGCAUCCUGCGCAGCGACUCCUAUGUGGACCUCAGCCAGUACCGCGACCAGCACUUCCGGGGCACGCGGUACGACCAGGAGCGGCUGCUGAGGAAGAGCUGCACGCUGUACGUGGGGAACCUCUCGUUCUACACCACGGAGGAGCAGAUCCACGAGCUGUUCGGCAAGAGCGGCGACAUCAAGAAGAUCAUCAUGGGGCUGGACAAGGUGAAGAAGACCGCCUGCGGCUUCUGCUUCGUCGAGUAUUACGCACGAGGAGAUGCUGAGAACGCGAUGCGGUACAUCAAUGGGACCAGGCUUGACGACAGGAUCAUAAGGACGGACUGGGACGCGGGGUUUAAGGAGGGCCGGCAGUACGGCCGGGGCAGGUCGGGGGGCCAGGUCAGAGAUGAAUAUCGGCAAGACUAUGAUGCUGGAAGAGGUGGCUAUGGUAAAACUGUUCAGUGCCAGUGAAUAGUGAAUGACUGAUCAGCCUCCCAGGAGAACUAAAUCCCUAUUAUAAAUGUCACGAGGCACAGAGUAGAUCUUUUGCACACAAAUUUAUGUAAACAGAAAUUUAUAGGAGCUACUAUCAAUGUUCCUGUAAUCACGUAGUAUAUUCUAUCUCUCUUCUGUUUUAAUACCAGGAUCCAAAACGUUGCCAAGUACACUAAUACACAGGACCUGGGAGCAAGGUUUUAAGCAAUAGUAUGUAUGAGACUUUGGUCUCAGAAUGCUGCUGCAAAUCUACUGAAAGAAUCAAAUGUUUAACAGAAUGGUGCUUCUUUUUUUUUCCCUGGCAAAUAACUUGAUUAUUCUGUCACUAGAUUUUGUUUACACUAGUAUCAGAGGGUGGAGCGCGGUCUUAAAGCAGGAUUUGUAUAUGUUUCAGAGGCUGAAGGAAAAGACAAGGAGCCUGAAAGGGAAAUGAAAUUCCAAUUUCCAGAGUAGUCGUCAAGUUGUAUACUUGGAGGUUGCUGAAUUAACAGCCUUUUGCACUUAAGGUUUUUUUUUUUCCUGGAGUUAGCACACGUCUAUGAAGGGCACAAUAAAGCAAGCCAGCUUGAGCCUGGGAAUCAUAAAAUGAGAAAAAACCUUAGCAGAUAGGAGAAAUCCAAGGCUUUCAGUCUACUUCAGAGUAUACUGCUGUUGCACGACAUUGCAUAGUUCCGAACCAUCCUCCUUUGGGAGAUACAGAGUGCAAGAAUUACAGUACCAGUUACUUUCAUAGCUGGAGUAGUUUUAUUUUGCUCCUGUCUGGUAACUCUCUGUAGCCUUAAUAUCUGAGGAACAGUAUCUUUCCUGUGUCUGCAAAGGUAGCGUGGAGACAAACUUUACAUUUAACCCCUUUCCUGCUCCUUCCUUGCCCUAGUCAAAACAGGAUGUGUGAGGAACUAUCUGUAUGAUGAGAAAGUUUGUUCUCAAAAUAGAUUUUCUGUUUGAGAAACUUGAUUGCAAAUAAAAAUAAUUAAAAAAAAUAGUUUUGGAGAAGCCUUACUUUAUGUGGGGUACGUGGUAAGACUGGUAAAAGAAUCACAGAACUCUUAUUGCUUUGGAUUUUUUUUUCCUCUGGGUCUUAGGAUAAAGGGGAAUAUGUUAGGCAGAAAUUCCUUACUCAGAGGUGGUGAGGCACCAGCCCGCGCUGUCCAGAGAAGCUGUGGGUGCCCCAUCCGUGCAGGUGCACAAGGCCAGGCUGGAUGGAGCCAUGGGCAGCCUGAGCUGGUGGGGGCAACCAGCCCACUGCAGGGGUUGGGACUGGGCUGACUUCCCAACCCAAGCCAUUCUAUCAUUCUGUGAUUAAUACUGCAAGUUAAUGUGUUGGGACAUGGUUGUACUACUGACAGGGGGAAAAAAAAAAAAAGGG